AUGCCCCCAAUGAUUUUCACGAUUUUUCUUACGAUCUCCCUAAUCACUCUCGCUUCAGCCUUCCCUCACCAGAGGCGGCAGGAGAAGGCGCGAAUCAUUUCUCAUUGUACUGUUCCUAAUACCGUUGCGCUCAGUUUUCCAUGGAAGUCCUCUCAAUCCCAUUGCAGAAGGGAUAUUGUGGACACUCUCAAAGCAGCUGGAGCUACUGGAACUUUCUUUUUUAACGGCCGAAACUGGGGUUGUAUCUACGACCAAAACUCCAUCGAUAACGUUCUCUACGCCUACAACAAUGGGAUGCAGAUAGCCUCUCAUACUUGGUCUCAUUCUCAUCUCAAUUCGCUUACACAAGCUCAAGAGGCAAUUGAACAGAUCACCAGGGCACUCCCCGCAUGCAUGCGCCCUCCUUAUGGAGAAUACAAUGAUGUCGUCUUGGAAGUUGCUGCUUCCCGUGGACAAUCUGUCGUUCUCUGGGAUUUUGAGUGCGUUUCUUCUGAUAUAUAUAUUUCGCGUAGGAGCUCCGCCUACAGCUAUCCGUAUAGCUCAGGUGAUUCUACGGGUGCGCCGCCAGCUACCCAAAUGGCCAAUUACGAUGCACUGGUUGAGCGACGGCCCAAUACCACUUUAUCUCUCGAGCACGAGAUCAUAGAAUCCUCCGCCCAUCAAGUUGUUCCAUACGCUGUCCACAAGCUCAAAAGCGCCGGAUACCGACUUGUCACGGUGGCGGAGUGUCUAGGUAUGCCGCCAUACCAACGGGUUAGCGACGCCAAGGCUCAGCAAUCCGUGAGUUGCACAAAGUAUCUGUUCACAACGACACCGUCCUUCACAGACUUUUUUUAA